AACAAGCGAAAGCGGAACAUGAGAAUGGCCAGUACGCCGACGUCACCUGCACUCGACGACGCUUCCCGAACCCAACGGAACUCGCAGACCGCGACGUCCCAGAGGCUCAAGAAGCGGGAGUACGACCGCAAAGCCCAGCGCGUCGCCCGCGAAAAGAAGAAGAACCGCAUAGCCCAGCUCGAGAGCCUGGUGGAGAAGCUGAGCCACCAAGAUGACAACGCCACGACCGCGUCGCUCAUGGCACAGCUGUCGAGGGUGACCGAGCAGCGGAACAAGCUAGUGACGUGCCUGAGAACGACGUCCUCUGUGUUUAGCGGCCAUGUCAGAGAAGCCGAGACUUGGGACUUGGAUGAGGCGAUGGGAGAGUUGCCGCUUCACCGGCCGGUUGACGUGGUUUCACACCAAGCGUCGAGCCCAAGUCCUUCCGCCACGCUGGGAACCGCGUCAGUCCCUGUACAAGAAAACGAUGCCGAAACCAACAAAAAUCAACAAAGUGUGAAUGACAUGGAAAUUCUGCUUGAUGAGAGUAUCUUCGACAUUGACCAUCUCUUGGACGAUGUCAUGUUUGAGCCAGAAGUUCUAACAAGUACGCCUCCGGUUGUGAUGAACGAGCCACGAUCCCCACCGCCUACACUCGCCUCCUUGACUGAGAAGAGCAGCCUACUUUUGACACAACAACAGGGACAACUGCCAAAGUGCCAAUGUUCGUCGGCAUUGCUUGUCCGUCGGCUGUCAGACGGCUCCCAAGUCAGCUGCAAUAACUGGAAAGCCGGAAACGAAAUCCUCAAGGAGCCAUUCGUCCUCUCCAACGCCGUUCUCAACUUGGAAGACAAGACCAGCGAAGACAUUCCGGUCCACGCCGUGCUCCAUGGCUGGGACAGCCUCGCCCACUCCGGCAAGAUGACCCCCCUGUGGAGGAAGGUUAGACAGCUCGACGAGCUCUGUUUUUCGGCUUGCGGCCAAACCGAACGCCUGGCCGUCUUGUUUAUCAUCCACCUUUUGAUGAGAGCCUACGCCGAUCCGGGUUUGGUGAAAUCGGCAGUAAUACCACAGUGGUAUCUCAAGUCGCCGCUGCAGGAGAUAUCCCACGACCCCUCCGCUGAUUACUUUGCAUGGCCCGCUCUCCGGUACCGCUUCGCCGUCUCACCGCACCAGUACUGCGGCAACAUGUUUUGGCACAUGUUCAAGGAGCACCUGCGCAUCGUCUGGCCCUACGACUUCCGCGACUGUUACGUCCGGAACGUCCAGCUGGGGACGUACGGUCUAUCGUCCCUGUUCAAGGAAACCGUCCACAACCUGCGGUGCUGGACGAUGGAGCCGGACUUCUUCGAUCGGUUCCCCGAGCUACGUCAGGACAUACCGAGGUUCCCCGGGACGCCAUCCCCCGCAGCCGCGUAUCAGUUCCAGUUCGCCUUCAGUCGCAACUCAACGACGUCGCCGGGGAUGGAAAUGUUUCUGACCGGGUGUUUCAUCGACCCGAAGAAAACGGGGAAGAGGGAGGGUGAAGAGAAUCUAGACAAAUCAAUAGCGCGAGAGGCCACCGGGCAGUGCGACUUCUCCGCAAAAACUCAUAUAAGCGGCUUCUUGGUGAGCGAGGUCGGCGCAGACGGCGCCCUGGACUCUGUAAAUUUCUAGACUGCUCGUAUCGGCCAUGUAUGUUCCUUGGCAAUGAUCAACAACGAAGUGGAACAACGGGAAAUUCUUGAUACGAUGAAGGCGCAGCCGAGACAGCCAUCGAAGAUUGUUACUACAAAUUUUCUCACCGUCAAAGAGGCAACCCUGCGUUGAACAUAUCUCAAACGUCGUCACCGUUGGUUGAGAAC